UUACACGUUGGAGAACAAUAAUAUUCUUGCUCUUUGCUUUCUCUGUUUCAAAACAUGUCGAUAUUUUCCUUGAAAAAUACCGGUCCAUCUUCAAGCCCGUCAUUUAGCAGCAUCAACCUAUUUGGUUGUACAUCCGGAAUUCAACAGACUAGUAACUCCAGCGGUAAUCCUUCGGUGCCACAAGUGUUUGGAACAACAACCUCAUCAACAUCACCACUUGCUCCUCCUUUUGGAAGUUCAACGCCUUUUGGCGGAACGUUUGGCUUUAAUGCAGCAAAGAAUUCUACAUCUGGUCAAACACAAAACAUAUCUCCAGGCUCGUCCACUUUACCAACAUUUGGAAAGACAUAUGAAGGUAAUAGUGUGCCCAAUGAGCCUCUGUUGUGGUCCAGGGAUGCCAAUGUCUCAAACUCCUCCAUAUUUGGAUCUACAAAAGCUCCAGCAUUUGGUGUUGCAAGCAACUCACACUUUGGCACCCCGAGAUUUGAUUCCUACUCCUUUGGCCAACCAGCAGUAUCCACUUCAGGGAGCAAAGGAAAAGAAAGUACAACACCUUUGUUCAAGAGCUCUGGUUUUGGAAAGUCAGCAUUUGGUAUUAAUCAGAAAGGAAGUAGAAUAGCAUCAUACAUUGCAACUCCAGAGAAGGACAGUGGUGCAAAAAUUCAGUCCAUUUGUGGAAUGCACACUUAUAAAGAUAAAAGCCAGGAGGAGUUGAGGUUUGAGGACUACCAAUUAGGUGAUAAAGGUAUCCUUAACUUGUUUUCCUCAUCUUUAUUUUUUUUUCCUUGUGCUUGAUAGCAAGGAAAUCUAUAUUGUAUUUCAUUAACUUUCUUAUACUUCAUGGGUGAAUUUGCAGGUCAGAAUUGUGGUUCUUCACUUGGUUUUCCCGGCACACAGGGAUUUGGUGUUGAAUCACCAGUAUUUAACCAAUCCACUGUUGAUCAACCUUUUUAUCCCAUAAGUAUGUCCUGCAUAAAAGAUCAAAUUUGCAAACCAGGAAAAGAAAAUACAACACCUUUGUUCAAGAGCUCUGGUUUUGGAAAGUCGGCAUUUGGUAUUAAUCAGAAAGAAAGUAGAAUAGCAUCAUACAUUGCAACUCCAGAGAAGGAAAGUGGUGCAAAAAUUCAGUCCAUUUGUGGAAUGCACACUUAUAAAGAUAAAAGCCAGGAGGAGUUGAGGUUUGAGGACUACCAGUUAGGUGAUAAAGGUCAGAAUUGUGGUUCUUCAUUUGGUGUUCCCGGCACACAGGGAUUUGGUGUCAUCGACAACACGAAGCCUUUCACAUCAUCAGUAUUUAACCAAUCCACUGUUGAUCAACCUUUUUAUUCCCAUUUUCCAAGUCAAUUUGCAGUGCAAAGAGCAGGGGUUGACUCUCUAUCAAAUGAAAAUUCUACAACAACUGCACCUACCCCAUUUCCAAAGCCACAGCAGUCUCCCCAUAUAUUCCCCCCCAAAACAUCAUUGUUUAACUCUUCUGACACUGGAAGUAGAGUGGAAUCUACUGCCUCAGAUGUUGCCUUUUCUCCAUGGAGCCAUUCAAAUGCGUUUGCACCUUUAAAACCAGCUUCCAGUUCUUCCACCUUUCCUCCAGUAAGGAAUCCAUGGGCUAUAUCAAUGUCUUCCACUCCCUCACUUACCCAAUCUCCGCUGUUUCCAUGUUCGGUCUCACCUUCAAUAUAUCCUUCGCUAGCAAAACCAUCAGGCCAUGAUUCUGAUCAAAAGAACUAUUUCUUUCCCACUCCUGCUUUAACUACAGGAGCAGCUCCACAAUCCACAUUAUGCUUGAAUUGCCUAAAGCAGUCGCAGCCUACUCCACCAGGUUUUUGUAAUGUUUCGAACACACAAUCUAUUGGGUUGGAAAACUUAAGUACAUUCUCUCAGCUUUCCACAGGCUAUCCACUUUCUUCGAGUCAAAAUAAUCGAGAAAUGACUCCCAGCAUUGGAGCAACACUUCCAACAACCAUUGCUUCUCACCCAUCAACAGUUACUAGUUGCUCAGAAAUUGGAAAAGGAGUUGGUCAGCCGAGUAUCAAUGGGCAACAGUCUUACUUUCCGAGAAUCAUGGAAGUGAAACCAUCACCAAUUAUGCCUCCUGCUGAAACACAACCUUUAGUCCAGAUAUCGGUUAAGCACCCAAAUUUGGCAACAUCCAUCCAGUAUGGAAUUUCUAGUUUACCUGUUUCUAACAACCCUGCUCCAGUCAGACGAAAAUCCUCGUUGAUAAUUCGACAUUCAUCUCUAAGUCAGCAUAGGUUGCCACCUCAGAAAUACAAACCUACAAGUGAUAAACCAAAGGUCCCCUUUUUCAUGGAUAAAGAGAACGCUUCUGGCUUACCAACGACAGAAGUCAUCAUCAUUCCAAGGGAAAAUCCAAGGGAUUGGGUUCGUCCUACCGCUAAAGAAUUUUCACUGGGGGCUGAUUCAUGUAGAUUGUCUCAACUGAAGCAUACUUCUAUGGACAGUAUGCAUGACGGAGACAAAGUUCGUGAUAAGCCCAACUUAGCGCUUGAAGAGAUGCAUUAUGAUAAUUGCGGACAGCUGAAACACUGUUUUCAAGUUUCACUUGGAAGUGCUGAUGAAGCUGGAACGGAUGAUAGGGAUGUCGAUGCCAUAAUGCCAAAGCUCCAACGUGCUGAUUACUACACAGUUCCUCCUAUCAAGGAGUUAAUAUCAAAGGAGAAGGAAGAAGCUGGUUUCUGUUGCCACGUGAAGGAGUUUGUGGUAGGAAGACAUGGCUAUGGAAGCAUCAAGUUCUUGGGAGAAACAGAUGUCCGGAAGCUUGAUCUUGAUUCUGCUGUCCAUUUCAAUUGCCGUGAGGUGAUCAUCUAUAUGGAUGAGAGCAAGAAACCUCCAGUUGGACAAGGCCUCAACAAGCCAGCUGAGAUAACUCUCCUUAAUGUCAGAUGCAUCAACAAAUCGACAGGGAAGGAGUACAAAGAUGGACCAGCGGUCAACAAGUACAGGGACAUGCUUAUUAAGAAAGCAGUAGAGCAAGGUGCAGAAUUUGUUUCUUAUGAUCCAGUGGAAGGGCAGUGGAAAUUUAGGGUAUCACAUUUCUAAGAUUACAUCUCUGUACGUAGUUGCUUGCACUAAAAAUUGGGAGUUCAAAUUUUCUUGGUUGAUGUUGUCGCAUAACCAAAUGUUUGGGUGGUUGAAAUGGAUUUGACGACAAAUUAUAGUCUUAAAACAUCUGUGCAUUCUGUUUAUUUGACCAACCAGAUUGGCUUCCGUUAUUAGUUUGCAGCUUUGCUAUAGUACAAUGUUAAUUCUACUAAAGGUAUAUCGGUUGAAUUGUAAGGUGUCAUCCAACUGAUAUGUUAUAUAAUUUCUUACUUUGUUUGACGAUUCUGUUCAUUUAAUUUUGCCAGUGAUAUCAAUUUGAAGAAGUCCAG